GUUAUUACUGCGGCGGCGGAUGAAUCUUGCCCCAGUUCCGCGACGUCGGGUACAUCCACAAUGGGAUGCGCAUUCAUGUCGGACUCGGAUCUCCAACGGCUUCGCGUACUGGAAUAUCGGCGAUACCGUCCGCGAUCUGCAAUCGAGACUCUCUACAGUGUUCCGUGUGGGAUUCUCAUCGUACCCGGGGUGAUCAAUUGCCUCCAACCGCUCUUCAUCGAACGGUGCAACCUGUACACUGCGGGUCGUUCUGCAAGCUUCUCUGACACCGGGACAGGAUUCCUCGUGAUUCUUGUGAUUAGCUCGUACGCGCUGGUGUACCUGUUUAUGGCUUCACAGAUGCGAGCAUCGACGAGGGCUGAGUAA